AUGUCUGCUCCUUCUCUACUGAUUCUCGACCAUUUCAUGGCCAAUCAAUCGCUGGCAUCGGGAUUCGCGUUCGAUAGGAUUGCCAUCGAAAGUGCGGUCAAGAGGGCACUGGACCUGGAGGUGGUGGAGAUUACGCCUAUUCGAUGGGGAUCUGAUUGUUUGACAAUGGACGUGGAGUUGUCUGAUGCCACCGAGAUUAUCGCUCGGGAGGUCGGACCGUUGACUUCGAUUAUGAGGCUUGAGUCUGAAGUUGCCACAAUGCAGUACCUAUGUCAACAUUUUCCUGAAAUCCCGGCGCCUGUGGUACUUUACCAAGACAGCCAUCUUGUAUUGAUGGAGAAGAUGCCCGGAGUUCUCCUCAGCACAGUUUGGGAGACGCUUUCCCUCUACGAUAAGCGAAAGAUCGUCAAACAAGUCGCUGAGUGGAAUGUGGAGCUCUUCAACUGCAGAUUUGAGGAAAUGGGUAGCCUGUACUGGGACGGUAUGAUGGAUUUCUUUGUUGGGCCUAUGACCUCUGACGCGUUCUGCGCCGGGGCGAGAGGGCCGAUGGAACUUGAUCGCGGACCAUGGCGUAGCACAACAGACUACUUCUACUCCUGUGCCCAGCGAGAGCUUGAUCUUGCACGAAGCCUGGACGCAGGGAACGCAUCAAAAGGGUACAAGAGGAUGCUGUCUGCGCAGCGAGAAGCCGUGGAACGCAGCAUGGAUCUUUUGAUCGAUAUUGUCACUCGCUGUAGGAGCUUAGACGAGGACGACCCGGAGCUGGCUCCGUUCGCCAUCGAUCUAGAAGAUGUGGGACCGCGAAAUCUGUUCGUAGACCCGGAACAACCUUCAAAGAUCACGGGCGUUAUAGGUUGGCAGGGUACAUGCGUUCGUCCGCUAUGGAUGUGCGCCCACUUGCCUAAAUGGAUAUCACCUAGUCUAUGUUCUCCGAUAGACGCAGAAGAACGUGACGAGGCAGAAUACCUGGCCGACGUCUUCAGGCGAACGGCGGAAUCGUUGGAUCCCUUGUUCGUCCAAGCCAUGGACGCGGACGACAUUCGGACAGCUCUGGAAGAGGUCGCACGAAUGGACGCCGUACAAGACGCUUUUCUUAUCCUGCCGACAUUGGAGAGCCUUACGGCCACUCUUCCUGGAGAAGAGGACCUCGACGGACUUGAAGCGCUGCUCAACCCUCUUACGCUCGCUGGCCGGGCGGUGAGGAUCAACUUGGUGACCACAGGGCGAAAAGGCACGUUAGCCUUGGCUGAUAUGAGCUCUGACGAUUUCAUCCCUCUGAAGAUUCGCGGUCCGUCGAACGUGUUUGGCAGUAACAUAUUGGGACUUUGCAUGGAUAUUGGGUAG